AUGAGCUCCAAGAAGAACAAGAAGGGCAACAGCAGCGGUGGUAGCAGGCUCUUCUCUGCCUCGCCCUCGCCCUCGCCUUCGCCUUCGCCUUUGCCAGGCACAGGGACAGGUGCCGCCAACGCACGCGGCAGGUCAGGUACGCCCUUGUCAGACGACGAUGAGAGCGCGUCCGUACAUACGCCGAACAGGAGACAGCCAGCCGGCGCGCAUUCAGAGGAUGAGCAUCUAGCGCGUUCUCAAGAGACGACGUGGCACAGACGAGCGCGCGAUCUGUGUCGAGAACACCUCAGAACGCUCAGAGCCUGGGAAUUGGUGGUUCAGGAAGACUUGGCAAAGGCCGUUGCGGCUGUAUGCACAUCUUCAGGCUCUCUGGAUGACGCUCUCAAGCUCUCUCCAUCUUCGCUGAUCAAGCAUUCCAGCAUAGCUUCCGCGCUCGAAGAUCUCCAUUCGGACGUGCAAGACUUGCAACAUCUCUUGCCUCGUCUCUCCAAGCUCUCUCACAAGCUACGCCACACGAGUCUCAGCGCACAGCGCAUACUGACCGAGGCACUGGAUGCUAGAGGCGUCGAGUUCGUCUCCGCACCGCAGUGGAAUACUUGGUCGCUGGACGACAUUGUAGGCGCAGUGCAAGCUCAGGUCUCGGCACACGUUCUGCAGUCUGUCCACCUGA